AUGAUGAAGGUCGCGAUUACCCUCAGCAUCGUACUGUUGCUUGGGGUGGUGGUUGUGUCUGCUGUGGGGGACUUCGACAUUCGCUACCACCUCGGAUCGAAGACACCCUAUUGGCCCCAACAAAAUGACACGACCUACACGCCCCCGCCCGAUGGCUGCCACCCUCAGUUCAACAAGUUUCACGGUAUCUUGCAGGGGCACCACGAUGCCAUGGGAGCCUACCCUUGGAUGCGGAACUGGACCAACCCUUUCGACCUGGAGGAUGCCGACUACCUCACCGUGCAAGGCGAGUACGAGCACUACUACAUGGCCAAGCGUGCACUCGCCUUCUACAAGGACCUGCUCGGCACCUGCCCCUUCGAGCCCUCGCGCUACGAUAUCCACUCGACCGAGAUCUCUCGCGCGGGCAUGAGCGCCAGCGCCUACAGCUUCGGUCUGUUUGAGAAGCGUGGCCAAGUCGGACCGACGGACUUUGACCCCUUCUUCAUCGUGACCAACAACGCGACGACCGACAACGAGCUGCGUUUCUUCAAGACCUGCCCCAACUACAUCAGUGGCGUCAAGAAGAACAAGAAAGCCUCUGCCGAGAGUCAGUUCUACGCGAAUAAGCAGCUGCCCGGUCUGGCCGACAAGCUCACCAAGAGGAUCAACGUCGCCGGGUGGACACUCACCACCGACGACGUCAACACCCUGUGGACCCUGUGCGUCUUCCAGCUCUCCGCCCAGGAGAUAUCAGACCAGUUCUGCAGCUUCUUCGACAAGGACGAUGUGGGCAUCAUGAACUACAUCGACGAUCUGUCGUCGUACUGGGUCAAGGGCUACGGCUAUCCUAUCAACUACGAAAUCUCCUGCGUCCUCAUGCAGAACUUUGUGGACGCCAUCACCCAAGUGACCAGCAACCCCGUGGACACGCAUUCGCUGCGGGCCACCCUGCGUUUCGCUCACGCCGAGACCGUAAUGCCUUUCCUAAGUCUGCUGGGCCUGUUCAACGACAGCGUUCCCCUCCGAGCCACCAACACCCAGGAGCAGAUUGACAACCGCCUCUGGCGCCAGAGCAUUAUUUCGACCUUUGCUGCCAACGUGGCCCUGGUCACUUACAACUGCUCCAAGCCCAGCGGUCCCGCUGAUUUCCGUGUGAAGCUGUUCCACAGCGAGAAGGAGUACCAGAUCCCCCAAUGCGACAACAAGCUCUACUGUCCGUUUGAGAAGUUCAAGGAGAUCUACGCCCGUUCGCUGACCUGCGACUUCAACAAGCUGUGCGGCAUCGAGGGCUGUCCCGCAAACAGCGACGCCGACGACCCGACCAAGCUCCUGAGCCACAAGACUGUGAUCAUCCUCGUCGUGUGCGUCGGCGCCGGCGGAAUCAUCGUGGGCGCCCUGGCGCUUACCGCCGUACUCUGCGUCGUGCGAUGCUUCCGGCGAAGGCACGAGGAGCAAGGUUACGAACUUGCCGCGGACUCAGUCAUCCUCUAA